CUUCUUUCUUUCUCACACACCUAUGCGUAUCUUACCAGUGUCUAUAUAAUUGUUUAUUCAUGAACCCCAGAAUCUUUUAUAGAUUACCACGUGAUUAUUGCCCCGACUCCACUUUACUGAAUAAAUCCCCGUACUUCGGGUCAAGCCGUCGGUCAGUAAUCAGCACCUCAAACAUAUAUCUUGAUACCUCCGUUGCGGGCGGAGGUGUUUUAUCUGUCCGUCAUUUUGAGGUAAUUUCCCGCCCAGGCGACGAUUCCCAUCCUGUGAACCUAUCCACAGAGGUGCUGCACACCGUAAUUCUGUGAUAAAUAUGGGGUCUUCAGUCACUCUUGGCAGAAAAGUGUUUAAAAGAGCUUUUCGAAGAACUCAACUUAUUUAAUUCAGAUAUAUCACAACCCUUCGAGCUAACUAUUAUUUAAAAAUUGCAUUUUUUCAGUCCAUCAAAAAUAAUCUACCAAGAUGUCGCAUAAACUGGAAGGGAAAGUUGUCGUUCUUACUGGGGGAGCUUCGGGAAUCGGCCUUCAAACUGCACACCUCCUCUACUCUCGAGGCGCCAUUCUCUCCAUUGCCGAUAUUACCGAAGAAGCGUUGAAGAAUGCUGUCUUGUCCAUAAAAGCAGCCUUCCCUUCAAGUACUGGAAAGAUUACUAGCGCGGUUGUUAAUGUCCGUGAACGCGCGGCUGUUGAGGAUUGGAUUAACUCGUUCGUCAAGGAGAAUGGGAAGCUAGAUGGUGCAGUCAAUAUCGCAGGUGUUGCUGCACCUGGAAUAGGCGUGCAGGCACUCGAAGAUAUUCCCGACGAAGAUUGGGAUUUAAUUAUGGGGGUCAACGUUCGUGGCAUGUUAAACUGUAUGAGGGCUCAAAUUCCUCAUAUGAGGACUUUCAACGACGGCGCCAUAGGAGGCAGUAUCGUUAAUGCUUCAAGUAUUGCUGGAGUCACAGGACUUGCAUAUAAUGCAGCUUAUGUUACAAGUAAACAUGCUGUUGGAGGCUUGACAAAAGCUUGUGCAAAAGAGAAAGCUCCCCAAGGCAUUAGAUGCAAUGCGAUUGCGCCGUAAGUCUUCUUCACUUCCUCGGAUUUUCUUUUCGGUGUUGCGAUUUCGAAUUCAUAUCUUACCAAAUUGGUCGAUAUCGUAUUGACAAAUAACUAUUUAGGGGCGCUAUCCAUACUCCUAUGGGUCAAAGGGGGUUGGAGACGAUGAAGGUGGAUAGCGAGGUCUACAGGAAGUCUAUACCAAUGGGUCGGUUUGGGACUGCAGAUGAAGUAGCAGAGCACGUUGCGUGGUUGCUUUGCGAUGGGUCGGCCUAUAUGACAGGGACAGUUCAGGUUUUCGAUGGUGGUAUCGUCUGUUAGAUGCAAAGGUUGUGAAUUAUCAGAAUGCGGAAUGUAUUGCUACAUGUAGG